GCUCUCAAUCGAUGUCUCUACCAGCUGAAGGUGUAGAAAGUAUCGCUACAAGUAGUACAAGUGAAGCACAACCUUGUACACCAAAAUUUGCAGAAAGUACUCCGACCAGGACAGAUCAGGAUGCCACUCUUGUGAAAUGGACACCAAUGUCGCCCAUUCAAAAACUUGUGGCACAGGAGAAGGGUCUGUCUCCCAACAUACGGCAAGCUUUGUGGAAGGAUACUCUUGACAGUCGCACACCGUUCCUAUCACAAGCAGAAGCGUCUAAGAAGUUGGCAGAUGUAGAAAAGGUAAUAAAUCAGAGUCAGAUUGAAGAUGACAUGUUUGGUGUGAAUCACCAUGAGGACUCGCCUGCAGAAUCUGGUAGCGAAGACGCUGACCCGAACUACAUGCCAACAUCACCCCAAGUACUGUGGAGUGAUGCACUCUACAAAGAAAACCCUGAAAUGGUCAUUGAGGAGGCAAAAUACAUAUGCUUUAAGGAGCCAAUCAAUUUUCUCCUCAAGGAACUUUAUGGAGAACACUGCGAAGUGUGUAGCAGAGCUCUGGAGUAUCGCUUCGUGACCAAAGGUUCUGCUCUGCUCGUCUUCUGGACCUGUUCUAAAGAUAGCAGACAUGUUAAUGGCAGGUGGUGUUCCCAACCACGAAUCCAUGGCAUGUAUGCUGCCAAUCUGCUCAUACCGGCAUGCAUACCUCUGACUGGUUCGCUGUUCGUCAAGCUGGACAGAUUUCUCCAAAUGUUGAACUGCAGCUUCGUGGGAAAGAGUUCACAUCACAGAGUUCAGCGCAUCUAUGUGCAUGAAGCACAUUUUGGCAAGAAAUGGUUAAAUGGGAAUUAA